GGUUGAGAAAUACAAAUUUGGUUGACUCACCCUUCUCUCUCUUUCUCUCUCUCUCUCUCUCUGUUCCUCCAUUCUCUGGUUCCUGUUGAGUAGCUCCACUCUAUAUGCACCUUCCACUCCUUUUUCGCUCAGUUACUCUCUUCAUUCACAUCACUUUCUACACCUUCUCUUCACUCUGCAACCCUAUAUGGCUAAAUGCCCCAAAACGACACCCACUCCCACCAAAACGGUGAAACCACCGUCACCACCCCACUACACCCUCCACUUUUGACGCUCCACCUCCAAGCCAUGACCUCAACCACCUCAACCUCCACCGACCCACUCCCAUCAGACGACGGCGCCGCCGUGAGGGCAGUCAACAAACGGUUCGAAGGGCUCCUCACUGUGCGGACCAAGGCCAUCAAAGGCAAGGGAGCCUGGUACUGGGCACACCUCGAGCCCAUACUCGUCCCGCACCCGGACACAGGCCUACCCAAAUCAGUGAAACUCAAAUGCUCCCUCUGCGACUCUCUCUUCUCCGCUUCAAACCCUUCAAGAACGGCUUCCGAACACUUAAAGCGUGGAACUUGCUCCAACUUCAGCUCCGGUUUGAGACCGGGUUCGGUCCCUUCUCCCCUCCCCAUUUCCUCCAUCACUCCCGGUUCGAACCGCAAAAGGGGUUCGCCUCAAAUGGGUGCCACGUCACCCUCUUCUUAUCAAAAUCACUCCUUGGCCUUGGUCGAGUCUUCCCGCUUCGACAUGGGGUACACCCAGAUGCAGAACAGUAACAACAACAACAGCAAUAGUAAUAAUAAUAAUAACAACAACAUUAUGCACUUGCAGCAUCACGGGCAGAGCCAACAGCAUUUAAUGUUGUCGGGUGGGAAGGAUGAUUUGUGUGCUUUGGCCAUGUUUGAGGACAGUGUGAAGAAGUUGAAGAGUCCCAAGACGUCUCCUGGUCCUGCUCUGAGCAAGGACCAGGUGAAUUCUGCUUUGGACUUGCUCUUCGAUUGGUUCUAUGAGACCUGCGGUUCUGUGUCCUUGUUGAGUCUGGAACAUAGAAAGUUUCAGGCUUUUUUGAGCCAGGUUGGGUUGCCCGCCAAUUUGAGGAGGGAGGUUUCUGGGGGGAGGCUUGAUGCUAGGUUCGGGGAGGCCAAGGCUGAGUCCGAGGCUAGGAUUAGGGACGCCAUGUUUUUUCAGUUGGCGAGUGAUGGGUGGAAGAGUGGGGGUUUGUUUAACUUUAACUCGUGUUGUGGUGGGGGGGAGAGUUUGGUGAAGUUUGUGGUGAAUCUCCCCAAUGGGAGUAGUGUGUUUCAGAAGGCUGUGUUCACUGGUGGAGUGGAGAAUUCUAAGUAUGCCGAGGAGGUUUUGUGGGAGACGGUUACUGCGGUUACUGGGAGUGUUGUCCAUAGGUGUGUGGGGAUAGUCGCAGAUAAGUUCAAGGCUAAGGCGUUGAGGAACUUGGAGGCACAGCACCAUUGGAUGGUGAACACUUCCUGCCAGCUUCAGGGCUUGGUUAGCUUGAUCAAGGAUUUUAACCGCGAGUUGCCGCUUUUCAGGUCUGUGAUCGAGAAUUGCUUGAAGGUUGCGAAUUUCAUGAACAGUGAGUCGCAGGUGAGGAGUCUUUUCCUGAAGUGCAGGGUGCAGGAGAUGGAUUGUGGCGGCCUAAUUCGCGUGCCUUCACCCAAAUGUGAUCCGUUGAAGAAUUUUCAACUGGUGUUUCCUAUGUUGGAGGACAUUUUGAGCUGUGCCAGAGUGAUGCAGAUGGUUGUGAUGGAGGAUGGGUUUAAGGUGAUGUGUAUGGAAGAUACUUUGGCGAGGGAGGUUGCAGGGAUGGUGCAGAAUGAGGGGUUUUGGAACGAGUUGGAGGCGGUUUAUUCACUUGUGAAGCUUGUUAGAGGGAUGGUGCAUGAUGUUGAGGCUGAGAGGCCAUUGAUGGGUAGGUGCUUGCCUCUUUGGGAGGAGGUGAGGAGCAAGGUGAAAGAGUGGUGUGGGAAGUUCAACAUUGUGGAAGGAGCUGUGGAGAAGAUAGUUGAGAAGAGGUUUAGGAAGAAUUAUCACCCUGCUUGGGCAGCAGCGUUUAUACUUGAUCCACUUUACUUGAUUAAGGAUGCAAGUGGAAAGUAUCUUCCUCCUUAUAAGUGUUUGACGCGAGAACAGGAAAAGGAUGUGGACAAGUUACUGACGAGGCUGGCUUCGAGAGAAGAGGCUCAUGUUGUGUUGAUGGAGCUAAUGAAAUGGAGGUCAGAUGGUCUUGAUCCGCUUUAUGCACAGGCUGUUCAGAUGAAGCAGAGAGAUCCUGUAACAGGGAAGAUGAAAGUUGCAAAUCCACUGAGUAGUAGGCUUGUGUGGGAAACAUGUUUGAGUGAGUUUAAAUCCUUGGGGAAGAUUGCAGUGAGGCUUAUUUUUCUGCACGCAACUUCAUGUGGGUUUAAGAGUAAUUGGUCUUUUAUGAGGAAAUUUUCAGCUAAUAAACAGUCAAGAGUUGCCUUGGAGAGGGCUCAGAAAAUGAUAUACAUUGCAGCUCAUGCCAAGCUUGAAAGGAGAGACUUUUCCAGUGAGGAAGAGAAGGAUGCAGAGCUGUUUGCCAUGUCUGGUAGUGAGGAUGGCAUGCUGGCUGAGGUUUAUGCUGAUGCUCCCUUAGUUUGGUAUCAACCAUCAAGGUUCGUGAUGCUGUUACAAACCAGUGAGCCAGUAACUGAGCAUGACUAGUUCACUUUCAAGUAAAUUUCAACUUCCAAGCUCUAAGGACAGCAUUUCUAUUCUAACGAGUUGGAAUGGCUUGAAGCAGUAGUAGGGUGGCAAAGCCAACAUGGUUUUAACGUGUGUCAACCUCGGAAGAAGAUAAGAAUCUUUGUGUCCGUAGAAGCAUUUCUCAUAGAUAAUCUGGCAUAUCUCCUGGUGUGUUUGUUUACUACAAAAUGAUUAGGCCCACAAUGGAGAGUGGAUAUCCAUGUCAAAGGGUGUCAUGGUCAAAGGAGAGUGAGAAUUAACCGUUUAGGUUGCCAUGAUUGCUGAAAAGGCUUGAAAAAAAAAAAGUUGAAAGAAGGAGUGUGGCCUAAAAAAUGGAAAAGGAAGAGACCUGUCGGUAUGAGAAGGUACAUGAUAUGGUUGCAAUAUGCAGAUUAUUGGAGCCAUGAACAGAAGAAGGUUGGUGAUUCAAGGGUUCUGGUGGUGAUGAAAUUGCAUAUCAUUUUUCACCCUUCUUGUCAGUCACAUGCACAUGACACCCUUUUUGUUGUUGUUGUCACCAUACUAUAAAUUUCAUAAAAUUAUGCAACUGAAAUCUGAGAUACUAUCAACCUGAUGCAAGCACAACAGUUUCCUAGUCAAUAAUUAAUACAACUUCUGCCUCUCUAUUCCGUGCAAA